UGGAACUAGAAACUCAUUGAACAUUGUCAUUGACUCCUCUCCUGAGGACUACGAUUGCCUACACACGCCUGCUACAGCUUCAUCUGCAAGCUAACCGCCCGUUGUCGCGCCUCACUCCUCCUCCGCUGCUCAACCUCGACCAAAUCCCCCGGAAGCUCAACAACCCUCGCCCUCAAAAACUCCGAAAUACUCUUCCCAAAGCCAUCGAGCACACUACUACUACUAACUCCGUCCUGCAGGAUCCCCUUGAUCACCAAGUGAACCGCAUGCAAGUGUGGAAACUCACACCUCUCCACUGAGUACCGCUCAUCCCAAUCGUCCACGAGAAGCUCUAUCAAUCUUUGCUCUGUGAGAAAGGCUUGCGCCAAUGGGUACGCUGACGGAUCGCGCACCCAGAAGCCGACGUUUGCGUUGCCGCCUGAAGGCGGACAGCUCGUAUCCUUGGAAGCUCGACAGGCUCAGAGCCUUCAUCUUCCUGCUGCUUGCCGAGCUGGGCAACGUGAAGAACCUCGAUCGCCUCACCAUCUUGAAGGCCCGACUCAACCGCAUGAAGGGUUCCAUGUUUGGCGGCAAGCAGUCCACAGCCCUCGACACAUACGCAGGAAUGUCUGCGGAGCAGAAGCUUCUCGCCACCAAAGAGAUGGGUGAGUCCUCCAACCUUCCCUGCAUGGUGUUCAAGUACCUCAAUGACCCAACGGUGUGCAAGAAAUUAUGCGAUACCUACGAGGCGCUCUUUAAAUAUUUUGAGGACUUUGAUACCUUUAAUGCGAGUCAAGGUUCUGGCGUCACGAUUUCCUCGUUCUUAUUACGCACGGGAGGACCAAGCCUCAUAGGGCCAAGUGCGCUAGGCUGUUUACAGUUCUAAGUUUAUCGUUCGCGUCUCCCAGAAGCCCCCUCGCCUCGCUUGACUCUGUGUGAC